AUGCCGAUUCACACCGAGGAGAGUUACCAGCUGGACUUUGACAACCUGGAUGCCGUGGAUCCUAACAAGAUGGCCCACUCCCCUGCAAAGCCUGCGCCUGCAGAUCACAGCGAGUCUCGUCCAACGCAGGAGAACAUCUCAGAGGAGCCACGAAAAAAAGACCUGGGUCUUGACGGCACGCUGGAUAGCAGCUCCGGGGACAGCGGCAUGGUCGUUGUGGCCCGGGUCCUGACGGCCGAGGACCAGGACUCCUCCGCAGCCACGCCGCAGUCUGCCGGCCCCGCCGCUCUGUUGGACGCCCCCCUCCCCUCCGUCUUGCUCCCACGGCCUGAAGCGCCCCAGAUGGCAGAGAAACGCACGCAAGCAAAGAAAGACGGAUUCCCGCUGCUGGUCGAUGCCGAAACACCCACCUUCCCUCAGCCGGCAAGCACGGAGGAGGCCAUCAUCGAGGUGCUGAAGUACAGCCAGAAGGACAUGGAUGCUGCCAUCGCCAGGGUGCAGCAGGAAGGAAAAGAGAGGGAGGAGCAGCGGAGUGCCAAGCACAACAAGCAGCGAUACACGAUUCUGGAGAUGAAGAAAGUGAUCGACAAAAUGAUGGUUGAUCAGGAGAAGGAGCGGGAGGCGGCCCAGGCCAAACUCGACGACGUCCUGCUGGAGAAGGAGGAGGUGUCCAGCGACCUGAUCACCAUGGACCGGUCGGUCUCCGACCUCCUCAAGCGGCUGGAGAAAUGCAGAGAAAUCAUCGAGGGUUACAAAAAGAACGAAGCCACGCUGAAGGCCUGCGCUCAGGACUACCUGACCCGGAUCAAGAAGGAGGCGAAGCGCUAUCAGACCCUCAAGGCUCACGCCGAGGAGAAGAUCAGCCAAGCCAACGAGAAGAUCGCCGAGGUGCGGGCGUCGCACAAGGCCGAGGUGACGGCGCUCCAGACUCGGCUGCGCCGCCAGGAGCUGAAGGCUCAGUCCCUGGAGAACAGCCUGGACCAGAAGGAGAAGGAGGUGGCGGAGCUCACCAAGCUGUGCGACGAGCUCAUCUCCAAAGUCCAGAAGCGAUGA